AUGGCACCUCUCAUCCAGACGUUGGUGAGCGGCCUUGCGCUGGCAACCUCAGUUGUUGCACGCCCGGAGAGGGACAGUCUGGUCGAAUCUCAGAUCCUGACCAACCCUUACCAAUAUGAUUUCCCUCGCCUAGGAGCCUCAGGGGCCAAGCAAUUCCCCAUGCGCCGUUGCCACGGCUUCAAGCUGGAGGAAGCCACUGUUGAUCAGAUUCAGGAGCGCCUAGAGAAUGGCACUUUCACCAGUGUUGAGCUGCUGGAAUGCUACCUCGACCGCGUGCACCAGACGCAGCCUUACCUGAAUGCCAUCUUACAGCUCAACCCGGAUGCCUUCUCCAUCGCUCAGAAGCUGGAUGCUGAGCGCGCCAAGGGUAAGGUCCGUGGCCCCCUUCACGGAAUUCCCUUUAUUGUCAAGGACAAUAUCGCCAGUAAGGACCGUAUGGAGACCACAGCCGGCUCUUGGGCUCUGCUCGGUAGCGUUGUGCCUCGUGAUUCUUAUGUUGUCCACGGCCUUCGCAAGGCCGGUGCUCUGCUUUUGGGUAAGGGUGCUCUUUCCGAGUGGGCUGACAUGCGCUCCAACAACUACUCCGAAGGCUUCACUGCCCGUGGAGGUCAAUGUCGCAGUGCUUACAACUUCACCGUCAACCCCGGUGGUAGUAGCACUGGCCCCGGUGUUGCUGUUGGUGCCAACCUGGUCCCCAUUGCCCUUGGAACCGAGACCGAUGGCAGUGUCAUCAACCCAUCUCAAAGGAAUGCCCUUGUUGGCAUCAAGCCCACUGUCGGACUGACUUCCCGUGCUGGUGUCAUUCCCGAGUCUUUGCACCAAGACACAGUCGGUACAUUCGCGAGGAAUGUGCGUGAUGCUGUCUACACCCUCGACGCGAUCUACGGUGUUGAUCCCCGUGACAACUACACCCUUGCCCAGGAGGGUCUUACCCCCAAGGGAGGUUACACUCAGUUCCUGAGCCGCAAGGAUGCCCUCAAGGGCGCCGUUUUCGGUCUGCCUUGGGAGUCCUUUUGGGCCCUCAACAGUGCUGAACAGAAUGCUCAGCUUUUGGAGCUCAUCGAACUGAUCAAGUCUGCUGGCGCCACCAUCAUCAACGGCACCGAGCUGCCUCACUACAAGCAAAUUGUCUCUCCCGACGGCUGGAACUGGGACUACGGCUCCACUCGCGGCUUUGCCAACGAGUCCGAGUACUCCUACAUUAAGGUCGACUUUUACAACAACCUGCGCGACUACCUGUCCGAGGUCAACAACACCAACAUCCGCACCGUCGAGGACCUCGUCCAGUACAAUACCGACAACUACGGCUCCGAGGGUGGCUUGCCCGGUAUUCACCCCGCCUUCGGAUCCGGCCAAGACGGUCUCAUCGCCUCCAUGGAGAGCAAGGGAAUUAUGAACGAGACUUACUUCCAGGCUCUGGAGUUCUGCCAGCGCACUACUCGUGAGGAGGGUAUCGAUGCUGCUCUUAACUACAACGGCACCAAGCUCGACGGUCUUCUCGUUCCCCCUGAUGUGGCCCAAAGCAUCCAGAUCGCCGCCCAGGCCGGUUACCCCGUCAUCACCGUGCCUGCCGGCACCAGCAGCGAGUCCGGAAUGCCCUUCGGUCUCGCCCUCAUGAACACCGCCUUCUCUGAGCCUACUCUGAUCAAGUAUGCCAGUGCCAUUGAGGACCUCAAGAACCACUCUGGUCCCAAGUGGAAGCGCGCCCUCCCCGAGUGGAGAGGCUACCUCGAACGCAACUUGCCUGUCAUCAUGUAA